AAAAAAGCGAGCGAGAGAGAGAGAGAGAGAGAGCUACAGUUUGCUCGGCUGGACUGUAGGGGAAGAGAAUGUUUUAAAUAGCAUGGCAUAUCUUCACACAGUCACACAGCACUGCAUCACUACAGAAGCGCAGCAUUCCUGCAGCCAGAAGAAGCUUCAUGUACUAUUGAUCACAUACAGGGCAAGAGUUUAAAAGAAUUACAACCAUGCCUCUUGGGAAGAACGGAAAGAGGAAGGUCGAGGACAUUAAUUUGGUGUAUGACAUCAAGGAGAAACUGGGAGCGGGAGCAUUCUCUGAGGUAGUCCUUGCCCAGGAGAAGAACUCACAACGCUUGGUAGCCCUGAAAUGCAUUCCAAAGAAGGCUCUUCGUGGCAAGGAGGCCGUGGUGGAGAAUGAGAUCGCUGUUUUGAAAAAGAUUAAUCAUAAAAACAUUGUUGCCUUGGAAGACAUUCACGAGAGUCCUACCCACCUUUACUUGGCAAUGGAGCUUGUCACGGGUGGAGAGCUAUUUGACCGUAUCAUAGAACGUGGAUAUUACACGGAGAAGGAUGCCAGCCAACUAAUACGCCAAGUCCUGGAUGCUGUCCAGUACCUCCACAACAUGGGGAUUGUUCAUCGCGAUUUAAAGCCUGAAAAUCUCCUCUACGCUACGCCCUUUGAAGAAUCAAAAAUUAUGAUCAGUGACUUUGGCCUGUCCAAGAUUGAAGAUGGUGGAAUGAUGGCCACAGCAUGUGGAACACCAGGAUAUGUUGCUCCUGAGCUCUUGGAACAAAAGCCAUAUGGAAAAGCUGUGGAUGUUUGGGCUAUCGGAGUCAUCUCUUAUAUCCUGCUCUGUGGUUAUCCCCCUUUUUAUGACGAGAAUGAUUCUGAGCUUUUCAACCAAAUCCUGAAGGCAGAGUAUGAAUUUGACUCUCCAUAUUGGGAUGAUAUUUCUGAAUCAGCCAAAGAUUUUAUCCGACACCUUCUGGAGAGGGAGCCGGAGAAAAGACUGACGUGUGAGCAGGCUCUGCAGCACCCAUGGAUUUCUGGGGACACUGCGCUAGAGAGAGACAUCCAUGGAUCGGUUAGCGAACAAAUUCAGAAAAAUUUUGCCCGGAGUCAGUGGAAGAGGGCAUUCAAUGCAACAUCUUUCCUACGUCACAUAACCAAAAUGGGACAAAGUGCUGAGACUGAAACAGAGGAGAACCCCGGAGAAGCUGCCCCAGAACAAAAGGACAAGUGGUGAUGGGAGAUGAAAGUGGAUGACGCUUGGAGUACCCCGCAGCUGGGAUCUCCAUGUCAGGCACUACACCCUUGCAUGAGCUUGUGGUGACACCUGUCUGCAUGAUGCCUUCAGCGGCCAAUGGCUGUUCUUCCCUUAGCCCACCACGGCCACCCUCAACUCCCAGCCCCUCCAGCUGGCCCCAGUUUUCAAUGUGGUACAGAAGGGAGCAUCGGCAUUGCUGCUUAUCAUUCUUUCCAAAAUCAAAAGGGCCAUAAAGAGAAAGAGGUAUAGAUGAUUGAUUACUGGGUAUUUCUUAUUGCUGAUAAAUCCCACAUUGUGGAGAGCUUUCAGCCGGAAGAUCAUGGAAAAAGGAAA